AUGAUAUGCCCUGAUGAAAAUGGCAAACGCCUCGUCUGUGACGUCUCUGUAAUUUCGCACCUCCUGUUCACAGAAGAGUUGCCAUCACUAACUAACAUGCCUAGAAGGGGGAGAAAAGAGAGAGAAAUGGAAUUCCUACAAAAUUUGGCAAAUUCCCUGAAAAGUGCCCGAACUGUCGAAUUACCAUCUGAUGACCGUUCGGCCUUUUACAUGCUCAUGACCAUGGUAGUGGCAAAUCAGCACAAGUCUGUCACCGACUUGUUGCAGAAUUCCAAGUUUGAUGUCAACUACACAUGUGGCCGUACCCAGCGGAACCUCCUUCAUAUUGCAGCAAACUGUGGGAGCUAUGAGUGCCUGAGCUUACUUGUAAAGAAAGGAGCUGCUGUUAAUGCUCAAGAUGUCUCUGGAUGCACUCCUCUACACCUAGCUGCACGCAAUGGAAAAAGAAAAUGUCUGAACAAACUUCUUGAGUACAAAGCAGAUGUUAACAUCAGAAACAAUGAGGGACUAACCACAAUCCAUUGGUUAGCUGUAAAUGGGAGGACAGAGCUUUUACAUGAUCUGCUGCUGCAUGUUAAUGAUGUUGAUAUUGAGGAUAGCCAAGGACAAACUGCCAUCCAUGUUGCUUGCCAAAAUGGACACAAAUCUACAGUGGUAUGUCUACUGGACAAUGGUGCUGAUAUCAACAGACCAAAUCAUUAUGGUUCUACGCCUCUCCAUUUUGCCUGCAGUCAUGGCCAAAGAGACACAGCUGCCAUACUGCUUCAACGAGGAGCCAAAUUCAUGAGUGAUAAAAAUGGGAAGACACCACUUGAUGUUUCAGUGGAAGGUGGCUAUGCUGAAACAUGUGUCUUACUUCUCUCUUCCAUCCCACGACUCUUUGAUUCUCUAAUUAUGAUGGCACAACGAGAAGAUGUCAAAGAAAAAAUGUUAUUCCGUGUGCUGUCUCACCUUUGCCAAAAUCAGACUGAGGAGAAAUCAGACAGAUUGUUGAUUGGUUUGGCUGAACAAGCCUUUAGUAUUGGGCAGAAACUACUCAGUGUGUCCAGUUCUUUAGAGCCUGAAGUUCACUGCUUACUACGUUGUGUCACCUUUUUGUGUAAGUUGUAUCGACAAGUGUACAGCCUGAAAACCAAGGUGAAUACUUCCAGUGCCCUGAAUAAUGUCUCACCUAUUCCAGCUAAAGCCUGCAAAAUAUUCCAGCCUUUGGAAGUUUUAUGGAAACUCUUGGAUGACUGGCUGAAUUUAUUAGAAGAAGAAUUCAAAAACUUCAACAACUCUGAGAAUGGAAAGAUAACCAAUAUGGAAGCAAUUCAUGCAAGUGAAAUCAAUCCUGAACCUCAGCACAUGUUAGAGCCAAAUCCUUUCUUGACAGUCAACACAGAACAAUCAGAGAAAAACAAAAGUGCAGAUGUUUCCAGUGUGUGGGAGAUGGAAAGUAAAAUGAGCCUGCCAUCCAAUUUGCCAGGAGAUCAGACAUCAGCACGUGCCACAGUUGAGAACAAGGGACAGACAAAGAGUCAAAAUGUUGAGACUAAAAAACUAGGCGUGCAUUCUUGGGAUGGCCUCCAGGGCACAGGGCAGGAGAUCAUCACAGCAACCGUGCCACGUAUUUGUGCAGUCAUACAAGCCUUCUACCAGUGUUGUACAUGCUUCUCACCACAGCCUAUCACAUCACCACGCUUCAUAGAGUUUGUUAGUCAACACAAUAAUGUUUUAAAAUCUUUGGUCGCCAGAAAUCCAAAAGUUAUUUUUGAUCAUUUUCAUUUUUUAUUGGAAUGUCCAGAACUAAUGUCCCAAUUCCUGCAUAUCAUCAAAUCUCAGCCAUUUUCAGCUCGACAGGAAUGGUUCUAUGAAAACCUUCAUCCGGAAGAUUAUGACAACGACAUGUUCCACUCACCAACAUCUCAGGAGUCUUUGGUUAUUGAUAGAAAUCGUUUAUUUGAUAGCAGUUGUGAGGAAUUAAACAAAGCAAGUCCUAGCAAGUUGAAAAAGAAUAUCUCCAUCAAAUUUGAAGGAGAAGAAGGAAUGGGUCUUGGAGUUGUUAGAGAAUGGUUUGAUAUUCUGUCCAAGGAAAUUCUCAAUCCAGAUUAUGGCCUCUUUACACAAUCAGCAGAUGGUUGUACAUUCCAGCCGAACAGUAAUUCCUCCAUCAAUCCUGACCACUUGAACUAUUUUCAUUUUGCUGGCCAAAUGCUUGGCCUUGCUCUUUAUCACAGGCAGCUUCUUAAUGUUUACUUCACUCGUUCUUUUUACAAACACAUUCUUGGAAUUCCAGUCACAUAUAAAGAUGUGGCAUCUAUAGAUCCUGAAUAUGCCAAGAAUUUACAGUGGCUCCUUGACCAUGAUAUCAACAACCUGGGACUGGACCUGACAUUCUCUGUAGAGACAGAUGUGUUUGGUGUACUGCAGGAAAUAGAUCUCAAACCAGGGGGCAGUAAGCUGAUAGUGACAAACAGUAACAAGCAUGAAUAUGUCCAGCUGGUCACUGAAUUACGAAUGACCAAAGCUAUCCAGCGCCAAAUUGACAGCUUUCUCUCUGGCUUCCAUGAAUAUAUUCCACAAUCUUUAGUUCAAAUGUUUAAUGAAUAUGAUUUGGAAUUAAUGCUGUCUGGCCUGCCUACCAUUGACUUGGAAGACUGGAAAACCCAUACAGAGUACAGCAGCUACAUGGAUACAUCUCCUGUCAUUGAGUGGUUUUGGGAUGUUGUGAGUGAAAUGACCUCGCCAGAACGUGUCUUGCUUUUACAGUUUGUCACCGGAAGCUCAAGGGUCCCUUAUGGUGGAUUUGCCAACUUGAAUGGCGUUGGUUCCACUCAAAAGUUUUCCAUUAGUCAUGUAAAAUACAGUCCGCAAGCUCUGCCCACUGCCAGUACAUGUAUAAACCUGUUCAAGCUUCCAGAGUAUCCAACGAGAGAAGAGUUGAAAGAUCGACUUUUAGUAGCAAUCCACUGUGGCAGCCAAGGAUAUGGUGUGGCAUAG